UGCUCACCAGAAGCGUCUUCCUCUCUCUCCUCUGCAGCGUCGAGGGCGAGGCCCCCAGCAGCGAGACCAGCACAUCACUGGACAGCCCCUCGGCCUACCACCAGGGCCCCUUGGCACCUGGUUCCAGCCUGAGCCCAGACCACUACGAGCACACGUCAGUGGGAGCCUAUGGGCUGUACUCGGGGCCGCCGGGGCAGCAGCCGCGCACACGAAGGCCCAAGCUGCAGCACUCGACCUCCAUCCUGCGCAAGCAGGCCGAGGAGGAGGCCAUCAAGCGCUCGCGCUCCCUGUCUGAGAGCUAUGAGCUCUCCUCGGACCUGCAGGACAAGCAGGUGGAGAUGCUAGAACGAAAGUAUGGGGGGCGCCUUGUGACCCGCCAUGCGGCUCGCACCAUCCAGACGGCGUUCCGCCAGUACCAGAUGAACAAGAACUUCGAGCGCCUUCGCAGCUCCAUGUCGGAGAACCGCAUGUCCCGCCGGAUCGUGCUGUCCAACAUGAGGAUGCAGUUCUCCUUUGAGGGUCCUGAGAAAGUGCACAGCUCCUACUUUGAGGGGAAGCAGGUCUCAGUGACCAACGACGGCUCCCAGCUGGCGGCCCUGGUGCCCUCUGAGUGUGGCGACCUCAGUGAGCCGUCCACCCUCAAGUCCCCGGCCCCCUCCAGCGACUUUGCGGAUGCCAUCACCGAGCUGGAAGAUGCCUUCUCCCGGCAGGUGAAGUCCCUGGCUGAGUCUAUCGAUGACGCCCUCAACUGCCGCAGCCUGCACUCCGAGGAGGCGCCGGCCUUGGAGGCAGCACGGGCCCGGGACGCCGAGCCCAAGCCUGCCCUGCACUGCAUGGACCACCGCAAGCUGGACGAGAUGACAGCUUCAUACAGUGACGUCACCCUGUACAUCGACGAGGAGGAGCUGUCGCCCCCGCUGCCCCUCGCUCAGAUGGGGGACCGGCCGUCCAGCACCGAGUCGGACCUGCGGCUGCGGGUCGCCGGCCCAGCCCAGGACUACUGGGCCCUGGCCCACAAGGAGGACAAGGCCGACACAGAUACGAGCUGCCGGAGCACACCGUCGCUGGAGAGGCAGGAGCAGCGGCUGAGGGUGGAGCAUCUCCCGCUGCUCACCAUCGAGCCACCCAGCGACAGCUCUGUGGACCUCAGCGACCGCUCAGACCGCGGCUCCCUCAAGAGGCAGAGCGCCUACGAGCGCAGCCUCGGCGGAGCGCAGGGCAGCCCCAAGCACGGCCCCCACAGCGCUGCCCUCCCCCGGGAGGAGCCUGAGUUGCGGCCCCGGCCGCCCCGGCCCCUGGACAGCCACCUGGCCAUCAACGGCUCGGCCAACCGGCAGAGCAAGUCUGAGUCCGACUACUCAGACGGGGACAACGACAGCAUCAACAGCACAUCCAACUCCAACGACACCAUCAACUGCAGCUCCGAGUCAUCCUCGCGCGACAGCCUGCGGGAGCAGACGCUCAGCAAGCAGACCUACCACAAGGAGACACGCAACAGCUGGGACUCGCCCGCCUUCAGCAACGAUGUCAUCCGCAAGAGGCACUACCGCAUCGGCCUGAACCUCUUCAACAAGAAGCCCGAGAAGGGAAUCCAGUACCUCAUCGAGCGUGGCUUCGUGCCCGACACGCCAGUUGGGGUGGCGCACUUCCUGCUGCAGCGCAAGGGCCUCAGCCGGCAGAUGAUCGGCGAGUUCCUGGGUAACCGGCAGAAGCAGUUCAACCGCGACGUGCUCGACUGUGUGGUGGACGAGAUGGACUUCUCUGCCAUGGAGCUGGACGAGGCCCUCAGGAAGUUCCAGGCGCACAUUCGCGUCCAGGGAGAGGCCCAGAAGGUGGAGCGGCUCAUCGAGGCCUUCAGCCAGCGGUACUGCAUCUGCAACCCUGGGGUGGUGCGGCAGUUCCGGAACCCAGACACCAUUUUCAUCCUGGCCUUUGCCAUCAUCCUGCUCAACACGGACAUGUACAGCCCCAACGUCAAGCCCGAGCGGAAGAUGAAGCUGGAGGACUUUGUCAAGAACCUCCGAGGUGUGGAUGAUGGCGAGGACAUUCCCCGGGAGAUGCUGAUUGGGAUCUACGAGCGGAUCCGGAAGCGAGAGCUGAAGACCAACGAGGACCACGUGUCCCAGGUGCAGAAGGUGGAGAAGCUCAUUGUGGGGAAGAAGCCGAUCGGAUCCCUGCAUCACGGGCUUGGCUGUGUGCUCUCUCUGCCCCAUCGUCGCCUGGUCUGCUACUGCAGGCUCUUCGAGGUUCCAGACCCAAACAAACCCCAGAAGCUUGGACUGCAUCAGCGAGAAAUCUUCCUGUUCAACGACCUCCUGGUGGUAACCAAGAUCUUCCAGAAGAAGAAGAACUCGGUGACAUACAGCUUCCGGCAGUCCUUCUCCCUGUAUGGCAUGCAGGUCCUGCUCUUUGAGAACCAGUACUACCCCAAUGGCAUCCGGCUCACGUCUGCUGUCCCCGGAGCGGACAUCAAAGUGUUAAUAAACUUCAACGCUCCCAACCCUCAGGACCGGAAGAAAUUCACUGAUGACCUGCGGGAGUCCGUCGCCGAAGUGCAAGAGAUGGAGAAGCACAGGAUAGAGUCUGAACUCGAGAAGCAGAAGGGCGUCGUGCGGCCCAGCAUGUCCCAGUGCUCCAGCCUCAAAAAGGAGCCGGGCAACGGGACACUGGGCCGAGCCUGCCUGGACGACAGCUAUGCCAGCGGCGAGGGCCUCAAGCGCAGCGCCCUCAGCAGCUCUCUGAGAGACCUCUCGGAAGCGGGUAAGAGCUUGGCCCAGAAGCACCUUCCAAGCCCAAUGCACGCAGGACUCGGCUAGGGCGUCUGCCGUUGGGGCAUGCGCUGGGCACCAGGAAGGGCCUGUGGUGGAGGCCGGCAGUGGUGGCAGGGCCCCGGAGGCGGAGGCCUGCGGGACUCCUGAGCCGAGACCUUUCCCAGCCAAAGCAGCACAGAGAGGGUGUCCCAGACAGGCAGAGGGAGAGGGGCCUUGUGCGGAGCAGCUGGGGAGGGCGACCGUUUUCCUUUUCUUCUCUUGGGUUUGUUUACUCCUUUGUUGUUGUGUAGAAGUCGCUCUAAGACAGAGCAAGCCAGGUGGGUGUGUCCCGUGUUCUCUGCGCUGCCAUGUCCCCAUGUUCUA